CUUCCUCUUGCAUCAUAUCCGCUACAAUAUCCGGGUCUAGCAAAAGUUUUAAAGCAUGGAAAGGGCUACAUACUAGAUUUGCUUUCUCAAAGACGAGGAAUAUAUUUGCUUUAUCUGCAAUCAUAACACAUAUGCUUGCGAAUGAGUAGGCACACUUGCUUUUUUAUGAUUCAGUUUGUAUCGUUAUGCCACGUCUUGGAGCAUCUCAACUCCCUCCAGAGGUAUGGGUUCACGUGUUCAGAUUGCUGUCAAAAUCGGACAAGCUGAGCGUUCGUUCAUGCUGCAAGUAUUUCAAACGCCUAGUAGACCACUGGUCCCUGUGGAUAAAUGAAACGGUUGUGCUGAAGAAACUCUGCGCCUACAGCCCGGAGUUCUGGACUAUACUUCGGCGCCGAAAGACCAGCAGUGUGUUGGUGCGAAAUGCAAGUUUCAAAGACUGGAAACAGCUACGUCGCUGUCUUCCAACACUAGCCACCAUCGUCAUAGAGGACGGAUUCGUAAAGGAAAUAAAUGAGAUUUUAAAUGGAUUUCCAGAUUUGAGGAACUUGUCCAUAAGGCGUUGCCGUUUCACUCGAGCCUAUGAUCGCAUGACUACCCCCCUACAGUUGACCCAUUUCACUGUGUGUGAAGUCUGUGCCCAAAGGUCGGAAAUCGUUAAUGUGGUGACCACGUUUAGCAAUCUGACAUCUUUGUCCUAUCACAUGCAACGCUUCCCUAUACCAAAAGACACAUUCCAUGACAUCCUCACCCAUCUGCCUCACUUAAAGCACCUGUCUCUGAGAAUGGGAAGAAUGUUUGGCACUCUACCAGAUGACUACUUAUGUCCUGGAAAACAAAGAGAGUCCUCAGAAGACCGAGCUCAAACGGGACCAGCCCUGACCAGUUUAGAGAUCCUGGACUACACAGAUCCCACACUCUCCCAGAAUGCCUUUGUGGGGCUGGCAUCUUUGCAGAGCCUAGCAGUGUUCUACAAUGCUUGUGUAGUGGACAAUUAUGAAGACAGAAGGCAGGCUACAUGGCUGACCUCUCUGCCUGGCCUGACCUCCCUGAGCAUCAUCGACGGCCCGGAUGUACAGAAAUAUGGUGACUCAGUCCCAGGCAGUUUGACUAGUCUGACCUUACGAGUGAAGGUGGAGACAGUGGACCUGCAAACUCUGGCUACCCGGGUCCCAGAUCUCACCUACCUCCAUCUGGAACCACGAGGCUACAGCAACAGUUAUGGCAGCAUCAUCAGAACCAUCCCCAAUCUGUUCCCCAAGCUGAGGACACUCAAAAUUCGACACCAGUGGGUGCCAGAGAGUGACCUUGUCAGCCUGCAGCAGCUGCAACAUCUGGAGCGCCUGGAGAUUCUGGACAGCCCGGCUCAGCCCAGUGCACUGCUGCUGGAUGUGAUUCAGAGACUACAGACCAUGACCCACCACAGGAUCCAGGUGGUUCACUCCCACCCGCCGCCAAAUGUCCUGACUUGCGACUGCGCUCAACUGUAAAUCAUGAUUGAAAUACAAACAGGAUAUACGUUUAAGAUAUUCUUUGUGGAAGAAAUAUAUUUAUUUGUAAUAUAAUGUGCUUGACUUGCACAUGUGUAUGUGGUGUUUGUUCCGUCUGCAUCAAGCUGUCUUAUACUGAAUGCCCCCUAGAGAGCAGCAAACACAUGUUUGAGAAGAAGACUUGUCUGUUUGUGGUGCUUUGAGUCAAGAUACACACAUCUCCCAAACUGCAUCUAAUCAGGAGCUUGGAGGCAUAGUUAAUAUAUUCCUGCACACAUCCCUCUUCAGUGUAAACUGGCCAUUUCCCAAUAAACAAGAUGGUUGGUGGUAAAGUAUAAAUAAAUGCCUGUGCUUCUCACUGUUGCCAUUAACAUCUCACUGUGUUUUUUUCCCCACCCAACAAAUCCUUGUUGAUGAUGCACAUAUGCACAUUGUGUUGCUGUGCUUUCCUACAGGAACACACCAAGCACUCUGCAGAGUUCGGACUUCUCACUGCCAUCUCACUGCAGUGGGUGGGAGUGCCAAAGACAAAAUGUCUUCACAACAUGAUGAGGUUGUCUGAUGAGAGCUGGUAGGUGAGAUGAGACGAGCGUGGCUGAUGUGAAGUGUGGAGACGACCUAGCUUCCCUGAGUGCUACUUACACACAUUUGACACACCCCCCGUUCUCGGAUGGGCAAGAAUUUGGUGUUGUGGUAUAUUUUUUUCCAUAGUGUUUUGUCUAAAAUAAUGACAUUGUUUAUCUUUCACAAAAGCUGUUUUGAACCUUUUGAACUUUUACAUAAAUUUUUUCAAAAAACAAU